AGAUAAGCUUCAACUACAUUCUUAUUGAUCUGGUGAAACAACUCGUCUUGUUGCGGUCACUCUACACUUUCUCGACCUUUCUUCGGGAUCUACUCUCAAUUGUCAUCAAAUUCUUCUGACAAUCGUCCCCUGUCGUCACGAGAAUAAUCACAAUGUCUCCCAACGGCGAAGCCUUCAUCUUCAACCCGUCCGCACCGGAGCCACCCACGCGAUACGCCCACGCCCGACUGGCACCCACAACCCAACAUCGCACCAUCUACAUCUCGGGCAUCGCCUGCGUGCGGCCCGACACAGGCGAGUGGCCCGGCGCGACCCCCAAGGCGGACGGCAGCGGCGGCUACGACCUCGACGUGCGCGUGCAGACGGCCGCGGUGCUCGAGAACAUUGACAACAUCCUCAAGAACGCCACGGCGGGGAAAGGAGGCGUGCAGAACCUGAUUGACGCCGUGGUGUACGUGGUCGACAUGGAGCGGGACUAUGCCGGGAUGAACGAGGAGUGGAACAAGGUGUUCCCCACGAGGAGCGUGGCCCCGGCCCGCGCGACCAUCGGUGUCAAGAGCCUGCCGGAUCCGAGGAUGCUGGUGGAGAUCAAGGCCGUCGCCGUGGUGGAGAUGUAGAGGGGGAGAGCGAGCACUCUGUUUUCGUGGCGAAAUCUAAAGAAGGUCAAGCGUCGAGUACAAGUUCAUUGAGCCUUCAGUGUGUAUAGUUGAAUACACGUGUAGCAUCAACGAUAUGCAUGAUGCGGGCCCUUGGUUGCUGGCAGAUGUGUGAUCUGCAAGGCGAUGGUUCGUGC